CUGUAUAUUGGAUCAGGAUUGUUUUCUUGUCAUAUUUCACGUAAACUUUGAUAUUUUUAGAUAUAAUACAAACUAGAAUUAGAGGCGCCAUCGGGUCGCAAAAGUGGCUAACUUUUGUUUCAGUGGCUCAAUUGGAACCUUAUAGAAAUCUAUUUUUAUGGUGGUUCAGGAUCGUAUGGUAUAUCUAGUAUUUUAGUUCAACUAUUUGGCCGUUUUUGGCGCUGCAGACAAUUUCAAAAUUAUACACGUUUCUCUGUGUAUAUCUUACCAUUAGUCCAAUCCUGAUCCACACUACAUGGCAACACUGUUAGUUAUUUUUUUGAGGCAGUGAGAUCGCAAACUAAGUUUUAUAGAGUUGGAAUUUUGUAUACCGUGGUUCAGGUUUGUCAUCGUUCUUGCGUCGGCCUCGCGUCGGUCGUCGGUUUGAAAAUGAAUAAUAGCGGCCGUUGCAAAUUAAUGGUUGAUUUGUGUUUAGCGAAAGAAAAGAAAACGACAGAAGUUAGUGAUAAUUGUUCGAAUAUUUCCGAAAAUUAUUUGUCACCACCUCCAUCAGAAAUAAAUAAAUUAAAUAAAGAUUCGCCUUUAAAUGUGAAAUCUCAUUCUUCAAAUUCAAAUAUUUGUUUUCAAAAUGAUGAAAAUGCAAAAGAAGAGGAUGGAAGGUCUGUAAUUGAUCAAGUUGUGGCUGAUGUGUAUUUAAUGAAUAGGAAUAAUCAGAAAAUAAGAAGCUCUGAUACUGCAUGCUGUAAUACUCAGAAAAAUAAUUUAUCACCUGCGAAAAUACAGAUCAUUGAAGAUUGGCUUUUGGGUGUAAAGCCUAAAUGUAUAUAUUCAAAACUUUCUUCUCAAAAUGAUCAGUCAAUGAUGAUCAGAAAACAUAACGGUGAUGUCAGAUCUACAGAUGAUCAAACUAAAGGAUUACCAGAUGAACGAGAGUCCUGUGUGAAUAGUGCUGAUAUUGAAAAUGACGACGAUUCUGUAGAAGAUCCUGAUUAUAUUCCAGAUGACUACCCAGCUAAAAAAAAAAGUUUUUAAAUUUAAAAAAGCUACCAAGAAACCUCUUAGCCACUGAUUGUCAACCACGGAUACUUGGAGAAUUGCAAGAUGAAAGGAGAAGUGAUAAUGUAGCUCAACAAAUUUCAGAUCUUGCUCUAGAAAAUGAGGUAACCUACUAUUUGUACGUAAUGUAGGAGAAAAAUAAUUUUGUUACUAAAAUGUUUGUUAAUUAAACAAUUUCGUCGGAAAAGAAAAAAUUUCAGUUACAACCGUCCUAUAAUACAAAAAGUAAUAAAUAUUGCUUCAUCCCUUAUUUAGGAAUACAAGUUAAAGAAAGCAGAUAGUUUAACUAUGUUAUUGUCAUAGUU